UGAAAAUCUGCAAGUGCGAGUUUCAACUUUCAAGAGUUUCUUUCCAUAAUUCAUGCACCAAAAUACGAUUGAUUGGAAUAUCUGAAUUCUUCUUCAUUCAAAACAAAACUCCCCUCUAGAUAUUUUCAUCUAUUUUUUGCUUCUCACUCUCUCACACAAAGACAUCUGAAGAAUAAGAAUUGCAAGGUAUAUUUCUGAAAGUGUGCCACAUGGGAUAGGAGUUAAUCCUUACUGAAAACGAUAAGAGUCUUUGAGGCAGAAUUAAUCAGUAUGGAAUCACUGAUUAAACAGUCAUUUGAUAGUUACUCAGCAGGGUUCCAAGAAUCUCUUGAUGAAUUGUCCGAUAAUUUCACGAUUACUGAUCCUUACAUUUCUGGUAACCCCAUUGUUUAUGCUUCAAAGGGGUUCUUGAAAAUGUUUGGAUAUUCAAAGUAUGAGGUGAUUGGGAUGAAUGGCAGGAUAUUUCAGGGUCCUAAGACUAAUAGAAGAUCGGUUAUGGAGAUUCGUGAGGCAAUUCGAGAGGAAAGGACUAUACAAAUCAGUUUGUUAAAUUAUAGGAAAGAUGGGACACCAUUUUGGGUGUUGUUUCAUAUGUGUCCUGUUUUUGGUGAGAAGGAUGGGAGAUUGAUUCAUUUCUUGGGAGUUCAAGUCCCUAUCUUGAGGAAUGGAGUGAAUUUAUGCCAAAAUGGAGCUGGCUGUCGAGAGUCUGUAUUUAGGUGUUAUAAGAAAGAAGAUUACUACAAUUCAAUCAUGAAAUUUGAACGGGAACUAUCUCUUGCUUCAGGUUCAGAUUUGACAGGAAUAGAUGUUGAGGGGCCUUGUGAUGCAAGUGAUCUAGAGAAGAGAAAAGCCACUGCUUCUGUUAACAACAUACAGACUUUGCUAACACAUUACAGUGAAUCAACAGGCAGACCGGUCCAUGGGAACCAAUGCUCUCCGUCUGGGAUGGGUCUGCUCAGAGCGUCCUUAAAUAGAUCUCUUGGUAGAAUCAAACAAAGCUUUGUACUAACUGAUGCAAACUUACCUGACAUGCCAAUUGUCUAUGCAAGUGAUACCUUCCUAAAUUUAACAGGCUUUUCCAGAGACGAAGUCUUGGGCCAUACAGAUGCAAGCACACAAUUUCGGAUAAAAGAAUGCAUCCAAAUUGAACAACCAUGUAAUCUACGCAUGUUAAAUCACAGAAAAGACGGAACCUCAUUUUGGCUUCACAUUUCACCAGUACGGAAUGCUUCAGGAAAGGUUGCAUACUUCGUUGCUGUUCAGAGUGAAGAUAAUAGCGAGACUAAGGAGAAAAAGGGGUUAAGGCAGCAUGGCGUUGUUGCUGCUGUGAAAGUUGCUGUGAGAGGCUUUUCAAUGGGUGUGAGCACGUGCUAGUACUUGAACAAACUCGGCCUUUACUUUUGCACUAUUAAUCACCACGGAGUCCGUUAGCGCCAGAGGAAAUGCAUACUAGCAGAAUAUUUUGGAUUUGUUGUUCCUUUUAAUCAGGGUCGGCUCAACAAGAUUGGUGGCCUAACUCCAAUUUUUAACCUGGAGCCUUUCAGAAAGGAAAAAAAAAUUUCAUUAGUCGAUUUUUUUAACUUUUUAAGAUGUUGUUAAUAGUUUCUUUUUAUAAAAAAUUUAAUCUCUCCUAGGACAUUGUUGUUCUUAGAUAAUAGAACCAGAUUCAAGAAGUUGAUAACUUGAUAUCGAAGUAAUUUUUGAUGUUCUAAUAUACUUGUUGAAACGCUUGAAA